UUCCAGGUCGUAGAUGGCAGCAGGAGCCAUUCCUCAAUAUUUUGGCCGAUUCCAGCCUCUGGCACUCUUUGGGAUGUUGAUGGAAAAAUCAAUUACAACCAAUUCUUAAUAACAAAUGUUUGCCGACGAUAUAAUGCAAAUCGAAUAAUUAUCGCGUCGAUGAAUGACAAUCAUUCUUUGGAUAGCUCAACAUUUUGGCAUGAGUUAACACUAACUCUCUCGAAUGACGGCAUAUCGUCAUCGACUAUCAAUAUUAAACGCUUGAAUGAAAUAUUGAAGUCAACGGUUCGAACAGAUUCUCGCCCAUUUGUCGUGAUCUUCAUCAACUCAAUGGAAGAACUCAACACCUUAAAAUCCAUCACCGAAUAUUUGCCAAUGAGUUAUCCCCGAUGGCUAAUACUAUUUUACGGAGAUUCCAACUCACCAAUCAAUCAAUUUUGCCGUAAUCCAUACGGAAAUCUAUUAAAUCUCAAUUUUGACACGGAGUUAAUUACUUCAUGCUAUGGAUCAAAUUUUAUUGAAGAAUGGUGGUCGCGCAAAGAGAAUUUCACAAACAGACAGCAGAUUGGAAAAUUUAUCGGUGAAAGUAAUAAAAUUGAGUGGUCAGCCAGAAAAGCUUUUUAUGAGAUUCGAAUUCCUCCGGAGGGAUUGACUUUCCGUAUUUCACUUCUUCAGGGAUCGCAUUAUUUCUGGAUGAUUAAUGGCGAAUUUUAUGGAUUUUUUGCACCGGUUCUGACAGAAUUGUCCAAAAAAAUGAACUUCUCCAUAGGAUCGGUUAUAAUUGCCAAUUCGUCUGGGACUCGAAAUUCGGUGACUUCAGAAUGGAGUGGUAUGAUCGGGCAAAUUGCGCGAAAAAAAGCUGACCUAGGUAUUGCGGCCUUCAGUAUGACAAAGGAACGAAUGGAUGUCGUUGAUUUUACAUUUCCCGUCGGAAUCGGUGACUGCCGAUUUUAUUAUCGAAAACCCAACGGUCUCAACCUACGGUGGAAAGCAUAUCUCGAGGUUUUCGAAGGAAAGGUCUGGGCAGCCAUUAUCUGCUCCCUGUUGGCAACUGUCAUUUUGUUGACUCUCAUCGAAUAUAGAAAUAACGGUUAUCGUUCAUUUCGUAUGAUUGUUGACAAUUACUUGAAUAUUUGGGGUAUCUGCUGUCAACAGGGAUUAUCAAGAUUUCCUGAACGGGCAUCUCUGAGGAUUAUAUACAUCUCAACGUUUCUAUCGGUGGGAUUAUUAUCAGCUAUAUAUUCAGGAUCUCUUAUCAGUUUUAUCACCGUUCGUCCGACCACUUCCUUGUUUAAUACAGUCGAAGAAUUUGUAGAUGAUGGUACCUAUAAACUAAUUGUAGUGACAGAUGGUGCAGAUUACAGUAGAAUCAAGGGCGCGAAGUCGGUGUUGAUGCAACGGUUGAUGGCUUUGAUAAAAAUACCAAGCGAAUUGCCUAUAAAUACUAAACAAGCAUACGACCAGGUCUGUAACGAGAGAGUGGCAUUUUAUUCCAAUGAAAUGGUUAGGGCAACGAUGCAGGACUCUAUACCUUGCGAAAUCGCCUCCUUCAAAACUGGAGAGGUUCGGGCUAUGGGGAUGAUCAUGCAAUUUCAUAGCAAGUACACACCGUUCGUCAAUCAUCACUUUCAGCGUUUCAAAAGUAAUGGAAUGCUACAGCGAUUGCAGCAGGUGUAUUUUUCGCGUUCAAAUCCAAGAGAUCAUGUACCACCGUACACGCAGAUGCUCUUUGAAGAAAUAUAUCCAAUUUUAUACCUUUUAAUCGGUGGAUGCUUCACUGCAGUGGUUGUUCUUGUACUCGAACGGAUUUAUUGUCGUAAUCGAGAUCAAUUGCGCAAUCAAAAGAAUGAAAGAUGGAUUGGAAAUAAUAGAAAUAUUAGAAAUCGAUACGCUCAUUUUAUGUACUGACUAAGUCGAGUGCAUUUCAUUCAAUUAACUAAAUAUAAUCAUGAUUAAUCACUGUCUCUAUUUGUAAUUCACUGGCUGUCGUGAUUUUUGUGGUAU